GUCUUUGACCACGAUCUCCGUACCGCUCGGAAAAUACACUCGCUAUUACACUCGCUUACAUAGUAUACACUACUCGAAACGAAGUUCUACGUCGAAACAUACGUCGCCUGUUCCCGGAUCUGCAUAUAACAUCACCGUUUACGUAAAUCGUUAUGGCCUUUGUCGAAACACUUUUAUAGCUGCUGGACUUAGGUAAUUUUUGAUUUCCCGCGACUAUUUCCCGCAUCACCGGGCCACGCCCGCAGUUGAGGAUGUCUUCGACUUCGUCUUCGUCAACCCAGUUGCCGAGGACGCCGUUGCACGAGAGGUCGGACUCGGAAAAUAACAAGCUACAAAUUCGCAUGGUCCCUUACUCGCCGCCUAGGCCUCUCGAUGAAGAAGAUAGCAGCAGAUUGUCUCAUGCAGACGAACAAGUUGGAGAAGAAGAAGAAGAUGAUGAUGAUGUUCAAAGCACAACCGAUUCGGCAACUAUCGCAACACCAAGAACGCCAAAAGCCACGAUUCGUAUGAGGCAAGGCCAUGGCGCCGAUUCAUCACGUUCGCCAUCAUUUUCGACACCUAUCUCACCAUUAGCUGGGAUCAUGGGUAAUGAUGUUUCAGGGUCGAAACUCGCUUCUGGCUCAGGUGGUGUUGAACACACUGCCCCACAAACCCCUGUCAUUAAUAGGCCUUCAUAUGGAAGCAAUAUUAGGCGUAUUAAUCCCCAAUCGCAGCCAUCACCAUCGCGCCACGAUGCCGGACCUUCGCGGCCACGGAGAGGAACCGUAUCUAGACGAGAAAUUAACAUCAGCGUACACUCGGACAAGACUUUCUCAAUCGUACUCAAGUCAACGAACCCGAACCCACGCCAUUCAGACAGGUCGGAAUCGACUGUAAAAUCGCCUCCGCUUUCUAACGUCUCUACCAACGUUUCCACUAUCAGCUCGCAUGAAGAGAGCUCGUUUGACGCAUCUACCGAAGAUCGUCACGGCUCUCCAUUGAGCUCUGCGCUCGAGCGCAGCAUCUCGCCUAAUACAUCAGGCUCCCCCUCCACGAUCACGGCGUUACCGGAAGAACCGGUCGAACCUUCGCCCUGGAAUUACCGCAUGGUUGGUGGCUUGCGUAAAGUUCCAAAAGUCCCAACCACUCCCGAUCCCAAAGGCAAGGGCAAACAGAGAGAACUUUCGGAUUCCCCCUUACCACCAUUGCCGGUAACGACCACCCCGUCGCCAGAACCUUCAUCUCCGCUCGUGACGAAGCAAUCAUUCAAUUCCGAACAGACCGCAUCGACGAUCGAAGAGACUACGAACUACAAAGUUGUAGGUCGUAGUUCUCCGCCGCUACCAGACACAGCAAGCAUUGAAAUACCGUCUUCAUCCAGUAGUGCGAACUACAAACUUCUCGGGCAAUCAUCCCCGGCCCGGACUCUUGCCUCGACCGUUGGCCCUGCAAUCGCUGACACUCCAGCAAGCAAGAACUACAUCGUUUACGACGCCUCCUCAUUAUCAUCGUCGAGUACCCCUUUCCGCGGACACCGUUACCAUCGUUCCGACGACAGCUCCCAACGCAAAGUACGCGAGAGGUAUUCGCAAGAAAGCCUCCUCGUGCCUCCGCUUAGACCGCACAAGCGAUCGUCAUCUGAAAGCAUCGGUUACCACGGGCAGCGAUCGGGAGAAAAUCUUCGGGGCCGAGCGAACUCAUUCUCGUCUCUUUCGAGUAUAGUUAGCCACGAUACUGGGUCCCUUUUCACUGGCUCAACCCCGAACGUCGUUCUUUUACAUCACACGCCUUCCGCCUCGUCUAUCCCGCAACCUACACAUGCAGAAUCUUCGAGUGUGGCGCAACAAAGAGCACAGAUGGAUACGCAUCAAUGGAGCUCACAGCUCUCGACUGUGAUGUCCGAAUACGAAGGCAGCGAUCCCGGCUCUCGUGGGGCUUCUGCCGGCUCCAUGGCGGAUCGGGUCAGCAGUCUUCUCGGAAGCAGGGACAGCAGGCACAUGCGCAGUAUUUCGUCAUCGCUAGUUUUAGAUAACUUGGAAACCCGAUUGUCGCAUUCGAGGUCGCAUUCCCAAAGCGAUUCCUUAGAUCGCCUAGGUGCUGUUUAUUCGAGGGGAAGAGAACUACCCACUUCUUCGCCUCGUACGAUUCGAGACCACGAUGAGCACGGCGACGGAUUAGCGGAUCUCCAGCAUCUCCAGCACAGAUCGUCCCGAAAUCGCCUCGGCUUCUCCAGACAAGCUUCGGAUAGAAGUCUCCGCUCCAGCGUGAGCUCGCGUGCCGGAAGUUUAGUAGCCUCCUCUUUCCCAUCUUGGGCAAGGCUCUACUAUAGCAGUCCAGACAGGCGUUGGCUCGCGCCGCAUUCCAGAUCGCCUUCCGAAGCUAGCGAUACCGCGGGGAGUCCCUGGGGAGGUGGUGGAUCGCCAUCUCAUGACCAGUACGCCCAGCCUAUUUACAACCCACGUCGUCGACCGAGAGAUGUAUCAGAUCCCCGGAGCCAGCAAUCGGUAGGUUCUAUGGAGAUCGCACCGGUUAUUGAAGCCGGGGAUAUGCAACGAACUCCCAAGAAGAAGUCCUCAAGCCUAUGGUCGCCACAUCUUCGUCAAGAUACCCGCGCUAGUAAUUUUAGCAUGUGGAAUACGCCCUCCAUCACCUGGUCUGCCGACAGCGGCAUGUUUGGGAAGCGCAAUCUCCAAGUAUCUCUAUUCGUAAUGGGAUUUCUAUUUCCCUUUGCUUGGAUGGUUGCAGCGUUCUUACCACUUCCCCCGAAGCCAACGCUCGCUAUGGAAGAGCGUGCUUAUAGUACGACUCAGUUUCCUGCUUCGGACCAGGCGGAACCCCCCCGAGGACGAGUUGUUCUUAACGACGAUGCCCGGUACCAGAGUGCGCGAUGGUGGAGAAACAUAAAUCGUUUCAUGGCCGUCGCGGGACUUAUAAUUGUCGGCGCAGUUAUCGUUCUCGUUGUGGUGGGCGUUCGGGAAAAAUGGGGCCGAUCAUAACGACGACUCCUAUGCGCUCAACUCAUAACCUACAACCCCGAUUAUCUUUCUUUAUUUUAUCCUGGAAACGACGAACUAUGAUCCCUUUUUACGUAAUAUGUAAUCACGAUCUCACGAGCCAUGCGGCUGCACAUAAACACUCACCCACCUUAGACGAUUUCGGGUCAACACCCGAUAUCAUCAUUCUCACCAUCUUUUUAUAUUCUCCGCCGCCACAUAUUCGUCCGUCUUCACACUUUCUUCUUCACGCUUUUAAACUUUACGAAUUUUUUAUACCUUACGAUGAACUCUUUACGAUAUUUCUCUUCGAUCGAAAAACCCCCCUUUUUUAUAUUUUAACUUGUACU